GGAAAUAAAGUUCCCCAAGCCCCGACGCCAUUAGGUUGCGUGUGCGCUCGAAGGCGAACGGUUGACGCCGAUAGGAAACAGGGGCAGAAAAAUUGGUGCACAAUAUGAAUCGGAUUGUGAGAAGGCUCCCCGUUCGAUAUGGGAGCAAUUCUCAACCGUGGAGUGCAAUUUUCACUGCCAAAGUGUGCCUGUGUCGUGCUUGUCGUCGUCGGCGGUCAUUGCGUGCCUCCCGUCCGGCAUCAUCAUCCCAUCAGCGAAAUCUACCGAAAGCCCCCAACGUGUGGCGCGCUGGAGAUGCAUAGGGAACGACGAAUUCUCGGCCGACGAAACCUACAUUCUCGGGGCAGGAAUUUGAACCAAUGUUUCGGAGACAAAUCGUACAGGAAUCAUAGGAAGCUGGGUGCACCUGCUGGCUGCGUGAGUUUGAUGAGGAAACUCAUACUACCAGCCUUAAAUGGAAUUGCCAACUGAACGUCUUUGACAGCAGGCUAUUGUUUAAGGAAAUGUGUAAGUGUUUGGUUACGGCAUUACUAACAACAGCACUAACGACAUGAAUUGAAUACAUCUCUCAACUUCGUGUUGACGUCACAUAUAUGGAACGUGUGCUUGUCCCUUAAUGUAGUUGCCUGCUAUAACUUAAAUCAAAAGUCCUCAUAUUACUUCUCCGCGAGCCUUUCAGUGGAAUUUUAUAUUGCAACUAUUAUACUUCAAAGUUUAUGUCUUUACUUUUCAAUGGCGAAACAAAAGGAUUCAACAUUAAUGUACAAAAAAAUACAUUUGCAUCUUUGUCUGUCACUAUGUGGUCCGCGGACUGAAACGACUAGAGAUACCUGGUUUAGAUCAUGAAGAAUUCAUUUCGGUUAUGCAUUGUGCAUGUGCUUUUGGCAUUGUUCUUAAUAAUAGAAGAAUGCUAGGCGCUUCUUCUAAUAUCAAUCUGAGGAUCAAUCUCACCAUAUUUGCUCUGGAACAGAGUUGGAGUAACAAUUUCAUCAAUCCGGCUCUUCUGGAGAGUACUGGAUCUCCAAUUUCCAUUCAAAUCAAGCGAUCUCUGUGUCUCUUUAGCAUUGAUGCUAAUCCUGGCGCUUCGCAAAACUACAAAAUUGAUGUUACUCAAAAUCCUGGACUGCUAUGCAAGGUUUACUUACUGUGUGUGCCACAGAAUACUUUCAAAAAGUAGGUUACCCAAGACGCCGUUUCGAUUGUCGCUGCCUUUUGCUUUAUCUCACCGUUGCCCAACCGGAAGCACCAUCGCGCACACACGCACGGCCCCCCGGGAACCGGUAAAAAUCUGCCCGAAAUUCCUUAAACCCCCCCCCCCCCCUCGUUGUUCCAACCAUCCGCCCGACAAGCGUGCAAGGUGUUGUGCGUGUGUGGGGCAACGAGAAAGAGAAGAAAACACACCCCGAAAAGCAAAUUAGACCUUUCGGGUGAAAUAUUUUCGUUGUGCGCGCUGUGCGCUCCGGAACCGUUUUUAAUUAGCACUUCCUUUCCUCUA